AUGGCCGUAACCAGGAGAGCCCACGAACUCGGUAUCCCCGACACCAUCGCUCGCAUGAAGAAGCGGCGCCGCGAAAUAGGCAGAAACGUCGCCAGCGCACCCACACGCCCGCGUGCCUCACGGCCCCGGUCACUGCGCCAGGCCGCAAAGCACAACUCUUACAAGUGGGACGAGGCGGAGCCGCCCAUCCGGAUCAGCUGCAUCGGGGACAAUGCAGAUGACGAGUCCGUCAGAGUCGGAGACGUCCUGAAGUUCCGGGUCGUUGGGCCGGUGGGCUGGCGCUGCCGCGUGCUGAAGUACAGCGUGGAAGAGAGCGUCCUGAGUCCGAUCUGGACGAUGCCCGAUCAACUGGUCGAGCACGGAGAUCAGUAUCGCUACAGCGGGACCACCGAGAUUUCUUGCCGUGCUCCGAGGCCAGGCAAGCUCACGUUCGAGGUCGAGUUCCGCCCCCGGGCGAACAGGGGCCAGGAGUACAAGGUGUUGCGAGUUGCACUUGCAGGCAUUGUGGUCGAGAACCCAUCAGAUGGAGCAGUGACAGCGGCCGUCAACUGA